GGCUUCCUAUCUUCCUCUCAAGGACCAUUUCUCAGGGGGACACGGAAAGGAUGCAUCGUUACUGGGCAUCUACUAGGCCCCGAGCCUUAGGCUACAGGACAGACAAGGCUCCACCCAUCCUGGGCUUCACAACCCCAGGCUCAGAUCCAUAUUGUGCUUGCAAGUGCGCAAGUCAUUUGACUUCACUGAACCUUCUGCUAAUCGUCCGGGGAGAGGGGUUACCAGGGUCGUUGUGACAGCUGGGGGAGAAUGAACUGGACUGGCUACAAAGCAGGCCCUCCACACAGGUUAAUUCCCUCUACCCGCCCCCCCCCCCCCUUCUUGCAAGCUCAUCUUUCUCCCUGGAUCUCUUCCGGUGUGGCUCUUGCUCAUUCACUCCCUGUCCCCAUCUGCUCCCAUCCCUCUGCUCACCCUUGCCAGGCCCCACGCUCCAUGGGGAUGUGGCGAGAGCUGCCGGGAGAGAGAGCCGCACCAACACCGCCCCCCUCCCCAGUCUCCCCCUUCCUGCUGCAUUUUAGCCCAACUAUUUGCUUCUGGGAAUAAAAGAUGACUCUAAGCCUCCUUUAGAGUGGACAUGGCCAUGUGACUAAAUUCUAGCCAAUCACCUUCAGCAGAGGCACAGUAUGGGGUUGGGAGAAGACCUCUUUCAUGGAACUGACUGGUGGGGGGGAAGACCCUUCCCCUUCUGUGUUACGACUCUUCCUGCUGCCUGGUAUUCUGCAGCCAUCUUGUCUAAACUGUUAAAACAGGGUUACUUGCUCUGACUAGAGUGUGAAUGGUGCCCCCCCCCCACCCCGUACAGCACACCAGCAGGGAGCAGGAGAUGAGAGAGAGAGCACUGGCUUAUUCCCUCUGGCCCUGCAGUUGGAAACCUGGCUAGAUGCUAAAACCACACGGAGGCCUGAAAAUAAAAAAAUCACUGCCGAGCCCAACCCCAGACCUGAAGCCAGAUGACCCAGACCGGGGUCCGGGAAUCUGCAGUUUUUAAAAGCUCUCAACACCAGGUUUGGAAACAGCUCUGAGAGCACUUGGUAGCUGGCAUCAGAGCCAACGGGACUUGCAGGCAAGGGCAGGGAGUCAGGCUGGAUUUGUGGGAAGGGCAGGGAGAGAAGGGACGAAUAAAAGCGAAGACCUUGGGGGAUGGACCUCUGGGGGAUGCACAUAAUGUCUUCUGAGAGGCCAGGGCUUCUGGGACCCCGUAAGCGGAGAAGCCAGGGCCCGGGAAAGGGAGGAAGCCUUCCCCUAAUCCGCGCCCACCUGAUGAACUUGUCGAAGACAGCAGCGCAGUCCCGGGGCUCCUGAAGCACCACCUCACUCUGGUUACUCAGCAGCUCCCGGAAGAGCUCGCUGUGUAGGCCCAGCAGCAGGCGGUGCGUGUGGAACACGCGGACCUCGUCCGUCCCCGCGGCCUGUACCCGCAGAACCACGUCGCUGGCAUUGCCCUGCCGCAGCAGCUCCUGCAAGCGUUGGAGCAGCGUCUGGGAGUGGUUGAUGGAGGUGCCCGUGGACUCGCCACCAACAUCGGCUCUCUGAGCUGCAGCAGGAAGGAAGGCAGCACCGCUGAGAAGGCCCCUGGGCCGGGGGUGCCAGCCAGGGGUGCAGAGGGACCACCUGGGGAUGCGUGUGCCUGGGUGUGGGCGGAGGGCGGCUGGGCCUGGGGAGGCUGUGUGCAUACUUGUCUGCGCCCCUGGAGCACGCAGAGGUAAGCGUGCACGCACACAAGCACUUCCCGGGUGGGGAAGCUUAUGAACCUGACCCUGAGCAGCCCCUGAGAGGAUGCUCUUGUCAGAGGGGGGUAGAUUCCUGGCGAGGAGAGAUCAUGAACCGGAAUGCCCGGGAACUGGUCUCCGUGAUGCCAGAGCACCAGACAAGGGUCGAGGAACCCCACCGCGCUCACCUACUGAGAAAAGCACCAACCAGCUCCUUAGACAGGCGGUAAGUACACAAAUAAGCACUCCAGUUUGGGAUUGUGAUAAAUAAGGAAGUGACGGUAGUCAGGAUAGGGCUGCUUGAGGUGCAUAAAUCCUAGACGGCUCCCUGAGGAAGUGACGGGAAGGAGCCAGCCAGAGGACAUGCGCCAGCCCUGCAGAGGCCCUAGAAAAGGAUGGGUUAGGGGUGCGGGGAGCAGUGAGGGUUGGGAGGGACCAGAGCACAAGUGGGACGACCGAGGCAGAGCAUGAGGGGAAGCCGUUUCCAGGCCCAGCUGCCCUCCUGGGUCCUGACCUCUGAGGCUGAAGUCCACUCGCAGCAGGUGGCUUGUGGGGGGACCAGAGAAGACACAGAGGGCGUGCUGGUGCUGGAAGGGGACUCUCACGGGACCUGAGUGUUGAGCCUGGCCUCCCCCUUCCAGGCUGCCCACCCCGGGUCCUUCUCUUGGGCUUCCAGGGAUGUGUGAGGGUCAGAUGGGGACAUGCACUCCCGUCACAGAGAACUCAGUGACAGGAAACGCUGCCAGCCGCUUCCCCAAGCAGAGAACAGUGUGAGGAGCCUCAGAGGGAGACUAGAGUUCCAAGGACGCACACAGCAGACCCAACAUCCCACCCCGAUUGUAGGAGAAAUUGAAGCAGAGAGCCAGGUCACCAUCUCGACUGGAGACGCCGACAGCUCCACCCCCCUCUCCAGAGCUGCGGAGAGAGCAAGAAUUGGGUCUGGCACCUGCCUCGUCCGGGUUGGCAGAGACGGAGCCAUCCAGCCCAGCGGAAACCCCUCCCGGCUGCCCUGACCUUCACGCCUGGCUCCCCUUGUCCAAAUCCACCAUCCCCUGGCUGCCUGCCUGCCCUUCCCAUGGACUGUACACCUCCCCGGCCCGGCCCAGCAAGACAGAGCCGCAGUGUGAGGGGGUUCUGGGCCUCGGAGCAUCCCUGCUUCCACGCGCAGUGAUUUUCUGGAAGAACGUUAUCGACGAUAAAGAGACGUUGAUGGGAUCCUUCUGCCUCGUCCUGAAGUCCUGGCACCCAGGGUGUCAAUGCCCUGCCUGAGCCCAGGCCAGUCUCCAGAGUGCCCUGGGGCACCGGGCAGCCUAUCCAGAGCCCCAGGCCAGCCACCUCCUCAAGGCCCCUCUCCCAGCCUGAGUACCCUGGGGGAUCCCGGUUUGCUCCAGGCAGCAUCCACUGUGUAGACUCAUUCCCCUGAGCCUCGGCCCCACCCUUUCCUUCCUCCUCCUCCCUCCUCCCACCACCCCACCUCUCUGCACUGACCGGCUCAGUCUCAGUGCUGCGGGAAGAAUCGUGGGCCAAACCACCCCUUGGAGAGCUGGCGAUGCUGGGAGGGAGCCGUGUGGACCCCCAGAAAAGCCACAAGGUGACCUAGGACUCGGGACCCAAGAGCAUGACGCUUGAGGGGCAGGAGACAGCCGGCCCGCUCCAAACGACCCUGCUGCCCACAGCCAACGGCAGUAGGCCAAGCCAGGAGUUGGAGGGCCAUUGGCCAGAAAUCCCAGGGAGGUCCCCGUGUGUGGCUGGUGUCAUCCCUGUCAUCUACUACAGCAUCCUGCUGGGCCUGGGGCUGCCUGUCAACCUCCUGACCACGGUGGCCCUGGCCCGGCUGGCCGCCAGGACCAGGAAGCCCUCCUACCACUACCUUCUGGCGCUCACGGCCUCGGACAUCGUCACGCAGGUGGUCAUCGUGUUCGUGGGGUUCCUCCUGCAGGGGGCCGUGCUGGCCCGCGAGGUGCCCCGGGCCGUGGUGCGCUCGGCGAACAUCCUGGAGUUUGCCGCCAACCACGCCUCGGUGUGGAUCGCUGUGCUGCUCACGGUCGACCGCUACAGCGCCCUGUGCCACCCCCUGCACCACCGGGCCGCCUCGUCCCCGGGCCGGAGCCGCCGGGCCAUCGCCACCGUCCUCGGAGCUGCCCUGCUGACGGGCGUCCCCUUCUACUGGUGGCUGGACGUGUGGCGGGACGCGGACGCCCCCAGCCUGCUGGACGAGGUCCUCAAGUGGGCCCACUGCCUCACCGUCUACUUCAUCCCCUGCGGUGUUUUCCUGGCCGCCAACUCGGCCAUCAUCUGGCGGCUGCGCAGGAGGAGCCACGGUGGGCCGCGGCCCCGGGUGGGCAAGAGUACGGCCAUCCUCCUGGGCGUCACCACGCUCUUCGCCCUCCUUUGGGCGCCCCGGAUCUUUGUCAUGCUCUACCACCUGUACGUGGCCCCCGUCCACCGGGACUGGAGGGUGCACCUGGCCUUGGACGUGGCCAACAUGACCGCCAUGCUCAACACCGCCGUCAACUUCGGCCUCUACUGCCUUGUCAGCAAGACUUUCCGGGCCACCGUCCGAGAGGUCAUCCACGACGCCCACCUGCCCUGCACCCCGGGGUCGCGGCCAGAGGGCACGGCGGCGGGCUCUGUGCUCAAGCCUCCCGGCCUUCCCAAAGGGGCAGAAAUGUAGAGCAAGGGCCCAACCAGGGAGCUUGGAGGUGGCUCAGGGCCAGCUACACUGCUGCCUUCGUGGUGUGCCCACUAAGACGUGGGCGGCGGGGGAGGCUCCCUCCUGUGGGGGUGGCUCCCCGGGUGCAGGGGCGUACAAUUUAUCCGACCCUCACCUUAGCUUCACCAGCAAUCCCCACUUCCCGGCGCAAGGAGAGGACUCUGUCAGGGACAGGCUAGUUAGUAAGUGGCCGGUGCUACAGGCAUUCCUUUGUGACGGACACUUCACCUGGCACGUUCUGAAGGCUGGGUGAACGUGGGUUGGAUGAAUGAAUGAACGGCAAGAUGGGUGGGUGGAUGGAUGGACAUGAAUCAUUUCCAGCCACCCCCCACCCCGCCUCCGCACCCCCCAUUGCUUACCUUUCAUUCCCGAGUCAUCGCUUCUCUGGCUUCAGGUGGCAAAGCCAGGAUGCAAGGAAGCUAGGUGGGAUUCCAGGCAUAUUCAAGGCUGGGGAAGCCAGAGGUUUUGGCCCGGUAAGAGGUGGGGGGGGCGCUGCUUGGGAAAAGGGGUGAUUUUAAAGCAGAUUAGAUGUCCCAGCCCUAGGGCGACACCACGGCUUGAGUCUCAAGCAUCCUGCUUCCAUUCCACUUAACUCCCUGCCCUGGAGCCAGGACAGGUUCAAGGACCCAGAAUAGCCCUAGGGUUUUCAUUGUCGCUGCCGCUGAGACAGGAAGUGCCUUCUUGGCCAUCCGGCUGGGGAGGAGGGGAUGGGAAGGGAGGACUCAGCGGGCUCCACUUGGAGGAAGGCCUCUUUCUCCACCACGGGGUGGAGGGCCCAGCAGACAGGUCCCCAGGGCUCUGCCCAGCCCCUCCCAGCCUCUCCUGGGCCCCUCGCUCCUCUGGGCCGUGGUGCCAGCCGGGAGAGGCAGCUGGGAGAGAUUAGCAGAUGGACCUCCCACCUGCUCUGGGCUUUGGGUAAACACAUUAGUGGCUGCUUUCUGUUUCCCAGUCAGGCAGAGCCGACCUUUCCCCCCCGAAGGGGAGGUCCAGGCCUGGAGUCCAGGCUGUCCAGGCUGGGGCCCACCAGCACCCAACUCCUUAGUGGGACGGCCUAGCCGGAAGAGCCAGAAAUGCAUGAGCGGAGCACAUCGUCGGUGCAAAAUAAAUGCUCAGCUUUCCUCUUCUCGCCGGAACAGGGGACUUUCAACCAUACCCAGAACCAUACCCUCCAUCCUUUUUCCAUAAUUCUAAACUUUAUCCGUAAUUCUAAAGAGUUCCGAAAACCAAAGCGUUUGUCCCAAGCUUGCCACAGUCACAUUUAGCAGCAAAACCUGACCUGACCUGAGGCAGGACGAGCGAGUCUGGACACAGUGGCUCCGCGGCUACACGCUGCUGGGAUCGAGAUCUAGCACAUAGGACAGGCCGCACGUGACCUUUCUCUGUUCGGAAAAGUUGUGAAUUCUGGGACAUAUCUGGUCCCCAAGAGUCCAGGGAGGAAAAAAGGGGGCCCUGCAAGCACCACCACUGCUGGCAGAGCGUGGUCCAGGCUGACCCUGGGUACAUUUGGGACACAGAGGGUCCCCACCAUGUGCACACAGAUGUGUCUGUGGGCGGGACUGGAUGAAGCAGGGCUUCCUGCCUUGCUGAAGGAGGAGGGGGUGCAAGGGCAGGUACCUGGGGAAGAGCAGUCCCUAGGGUAUGGGGGACAGUGCUUCUGGGGGGAAAAGGCGCCUUUUUGAUACAGAACCAAAUGGAACACAGUGGAGGAGCAAACCUCUUCCCACUCUGUAAGAAACCCGUGAGAGCCCUCUAGAAUCAGAAAAAAACAUUGUCGCUGGAGUGACCAAUGACACGACACUCUCUGAACCGGCCAGUGGGCUGUCCUGGGAAAGACCGAUUUACUCCCCAGUUCCUGAGCACUGGCGAAACCAGGAACUUUCAGAAACAGGUGGGGAGGCUUUGUGGAGACAGGUAGGGGAGGGGGGUGCUGGAGCCACCAGAACCAGGGUGACCUCGCGCACACCCUCAGGAUGGGACGACAUCAGGUUUUCCCAACACCCCUGCGUCCUGGGUACAGUCAUCAUCCUACAGACUGAGGAAGACUGAGGAUGCGGGAGCCCAGAGGGGUUCGAUGAGGAGCCCCCUCGGCGCCCCCAGCCGGAGAAGGGCGAGUCUGCUGGUCUGGUUCCUGCUCCUCCGCAGACUGGGAGAAGGGCCGCUGCAGGGCCGCUUUGUGUCACUUACAACUUUUUGGUCCUGGACUUAGCCAGAGUUGGAAACCACGAUCAGAGCUUCCGGACAAGAUGGACUGACAGUUCCUCUUAUAUAACCGUGUAACCCUUAACAAAAUGAAGAGCUCGCCACUUGGAGAAGCAGAUCCCCGACAGGUGAAGUCCUAGUAAAACUGCGCUUGCGGGACCCCUGAGUGGCUCAGCGGUUUGGCACCUGCCUUCCGCCCGGGUGGGAUCCCGGGGUCCUGGGCUCGAGUCCCACUUCGGGCUCCCUGCAUGGAGCCUACUUCUCCCUCUGCCUGUGUCUC